ACAUAUUUCCUGCGACGCUCAUAUUUAGUAAGUGUGCUGACGAGUGAACAACUAACUUAGCUUAAAAUGCUUAAAAAGAAGCCAAGUGGCACUGAAAAGAAAAGGAAACACUCACAAUCUGAAGAACGGCACGACACUAGUAAACGCAGAAGCACCGAAUCCAACUUGGAGCAGGAGUCCAAGGAUGAGCUCGCUGACCCAGAGCUGGACAGGAUUGGCAGUGACAUUGAGGAAGGGGGACUGGACCUCAGCCUGCCAUUCCAGCCCAUCACUGCUUAUGUCACUGACAAGAGGGAGAUGCUGGAGCAGUGUUUCCGUGUGCUGGGGGAGAGGAAGCUGAGGAAGAUGCUGCCUGAUGAACUCAAGGACUGUUGUUUAGAGGAAAUCAGAAAGCUGUGUUGGGAGCAACUGGAGCAGAUCUCAGAGAAAAAUGUUAAGCAUAUCCUGGCAGGGGAAGAACUGCCAUCUGGAAAUUGCGAUGAAAACACCUCAGAAAGCCAGCAAGACAAUAAUGUGGACUCUACAUCUUGCCUCAAAGAAACUUCAAAAACCGAGGACCCAAAGCAAGAGGCUGGUGGUUCAGGCGAGGAGAGUGACGUUCUAAGCAUAAACGCAGACACUUACGAUAGUGACAUAGAGGGACCCAAAGAGGAGCAGGCUGUCAAAGCUGAGGUCGGGGCAGUAAAAGUAGGGGACAACAGCAGGGAAAGAACAGACCCAGCUGUACACCCCGACCCAACAAAUCCAGAGCCUCCCACAGACUCUAAACCAACAGAAGCAAAGAAAGACAUCCAAAGUGACAUAGACAAAAGUGUCAGUGAGAUUUUAGCAUUUUCCUCCACUUCAAGCAGAGAGGAAGCAAAAGAACAGAGCACACCGCUGCUGUCUGCAGCCGUCAGUUCACCCGAUCAAGACGGACCUGUUUCAAGUUGUGCACCGGCAGCGUGUCAGCCGUCAAUCCAGCAACUGGAGCUUCUGGAGUUGGAAAUGAGGGCCAGGGCCAUCAAGGCUCUGAUGAAAGCAAGUGAUGGGAAAAAAACACAAGCUACAAAAAACAUUUAACAUGUUUUCAUUAUUUUUGUAUUGUUUAAUGGGUUCUAUCCACUAUAUAUAUAAUUCAGAUUACAGAUGAAAGUUGUGGUUGAAUCAUAUAAACCCUGAUUUAUUGUUCUCUGAAUGUACCGUUCAGAACAUAUUGUGUUAUUACUCCAUAUUGGAAUGUUGUAAAUAUUUACUGCUAAAUUAAACAAAUCAAGGCCUGCCUUACAUCAACUGAA